UGACUCAACCAGCCGGGCUGGCAGUCGUUAGGAAGGCGAGCGCCCCGGCACUUUCCGAGAGCAGUUUGGCAGGGUGCUCCGGGGGCUUGGAAAGGUCGACACUUUCCUCUCCAGCAAUCACACUUCUGGGAAUUUUCCCAAAGGAACUAAUCCCGAAAAGAAAGAAAAGCAAGGCCGCGUGCCCAGGGAUAUUUGCUGCAGCGACAUUUGUCAUCGUUGGGCGUGACGCGUCUGUGGAAACCCUUUGGUGGAUUGGUAAAAUAAAAUGUCUGCUCCAGGAUCCUACCAGGCGGCCGCUGGGCCUUCCCCGGUGCCAACUGCACCCCCAUCCUAUGAAGAGACGGUGGCCAUUAACAGUUACUACCCCACGCCUCCUGCCCCCAUGCCUGGACCAACCACAGGGCUCAUGACGGGCCCGGAUGGGAAGGGUAUGAAUCCUCCAGCGUGUUACACCCAGCCAGUGCCUGUCCCCAACGCCAAUGCAGUUGCGGUGCAGACGGUCUAUGUGCAGCAGCCCAUCUCCUUUUUCGACCGCCCAAUCCAGAUGUGUUGUCCUUCCUGCAAUAAGAUGAUUGUGACUCAGCUGUCCUACAACGCCGGCGCCCUGACCUGGCUGUCCUGCGGGAGCCUGUGCCUCCUGGGGUGCGCAGCAGGCUGCUGCUUCAUCCCUUUCUGCGUGGAUGCCCUGCAGGACGUGGACCACUACUGUCCCAACUGCAAAGCUCUCCUGGGCACCUACAAGCGUUUGUAGGACUCAACCAGACCUGGAGGUAGCCAUGUGCUGCAGGAAGUCCUUUCCGACUCCCACCCACCCCCAGUGGAGGGCACACCCUGGGCUCAUCUCUCCAGGGACUCCACCUUUGUGUCUUUUUGGGGGGGAAAAUGUCACAAAAGUAACACACCUCCAAACCCCAGAAAUUGCUGCUUGGAGUCAUGUGCAGGACAUGCAGAGAUGUCACCUCAAGUGCUGGGUCAAAGUUUUCUCACGUAUCUGUGAUCGUAAAUCAUUCCACCUAACUGUGAUUGUUGCCCUGUCUGAAUAUCUUUUGGUGAUUUGCCAUGAGCCAGCAUCUUUUCUUGCCUCAGUGGGCCUUUCUGAUAGUGGUCUCAAACUGAGAAGACACAGGUUGCCUUAUUUUUGAGACUGUUCUGGCCCAAAGACGGCUGAACAAGCCUUUAGUGCCUACCAUCACGUCCAUCUGUCCCGACUUCUGAUGGCGAAAAUCUUGCCUUAUAUAGACUAAGGGCUUGGCUCUAAGAUUCUGUAACUGCAGGCUUUUCAUUAGCACACAAACUCACUUUAAUGUCUUAAUUCAUUUUAAAGUAUAAGGAGAGGCUAUUCACACCCACCAGAUACAUAUCCAUGAUUCAUAAAUGCAUGCUCAGAAUACAGGGCUGGAUCUUAACUGUCCAUCUACCUUCCCUCAGGUCUUUGUACCAGAUCUUAGCCACAUUCCACAGAGAACUUUUUUCUUGUAGAGGAAUAUUUGUAUUAACAGUCUUAUGACCUCCUUUGGGUCUUAAACACCUUUAAACAUGAUUUAGAAAGGAGGGAUUUAUAGAAGCAUUUUUCUCAGCCAUAUAGCUGGUAUUAUUUUCCCAUUUGCCAAUGUAGUCCCGCAUCUUCACUUAACAGAAAAAUUAAUGAAUAAUUUCAUCCACUGCCUUUAUUCGGGUGUAGGGUGGUUCUUAAAAACUUCCAUCCCGGAACUCUCAAAAUAGGGCCCCUUUUGGGUUCCUGGUGGUGUGUUUGGGAAGACAAAGGAAAGAUGUUUGAGCACGUCCAGGUCACCGUGCUGCUGCAAAGCAUGGAGACCUGAGUGUUUCAAAGGCAUCGAAAGUAUGAUUUUAUUUUUCUGAAAUACAGUUUGUUGUAUAACAUCAGAAGACUUGAUAUCUAGGACGAAAGCAGCAAGCCAGAGUUCUCUGUCAGGUGCUGUAUCAUUCUGAAAUCAAGACAAGGCCGAGCUCGAAUUUCAAGAAUCCCUGUGUUGGUAAUAGCUAGACACAAGGAAUGCAUGUGAAUAAUAAUUAGAAAUCAAGCCUAGACCUUGAACGAAAAUCUAUAUAUUGGUUGAACAUUAUAAUCACUGAUUCAGCUUAUUCGCUUGAUAGUUUGAAAGUUCCAGUAAUUAUUCUUGCAGUGAGUAUGAAUAGUACUUUGGUGUUAUCUGCUUUGAAAAAAAUAAAAGUCUUUGGUUCGCUCGGUGAA